GCCCACGCUUGGCUUUGGUCACCUAGCUCACAAGCAGCAUGGCUAUGCAUCUGUGGUUGGUCACCCUGACCUUGGUUCCCCUCCUUGCCAUGGACAGGGACCUGCCGGUGUCAGCCGGGGGGACUGUUUUCUCCAGAAUGCCCAUCUGUGAGCACAUGGCUGAGUUUCCAAACUGUCCCCGGACACCUAACCUGAUCUGUGGCACGGAUGGCCUCACAUAUGAAAACGAAUGUCACCUCUGUGUGACCCGGAUGAAAACCAGAAAGGACAUUCAGAUCAUGAAGGAUGGCGAAUGCUGAACUCAGAGGUGCACUCGAGCCUUGAAACUCCAAGCUGGAGAAAGAACAGUGGUGCCUCAGAGGCUAUGAUAUGAAAUAAAAGAUGCAGCCCAAGCU